AUGGUGGCGAUCAACGGAACGUACGAUGUGAUGCUGGUGCCCAUGCUGAUGCCCAUUGCGGACAUCCUCAACUUUCUUCCGCCCAAGGUGCGCUCCAUCGAUCCUUCGCCGCUGAUCCCCUUUACGCACGACGAGAUCACGGCGCUGGGGCUGAGUGCGGAUCAGUACAAUGCGGGCACCAACCAUCCGGUGAUGCUCGAGCUGGGCUACCAGGACCACACUGGGCCUGGACCACGCUUGUUCCGACCGAGCUUUGACGAGGCCAAGCUGGAGGUGCUCGGCAUGCGACAUCCGUCGCUGAAUGGCAAGCAGCCGUCGUCAGCGGAUCAGGGGUUCGUGUACAAGCAGCUCAUCCUUUUCUCGAAUGUGCUGCUCGCGACUUCGUCGAACCUCAUCGCGGGUCUGCGCAGCAAGCUCGUCACCAUCACACCGUCCAAAUCGCCCUCGAUCUACAGUGUGGACGAGGCGACCAUCUUGUACAACGUCAAGGACUACAUCGAGGUUGUCUUUAGCAAGAACGGAGAGCAGGGAUCGGUGGCGGGGAACGGUGCGAUCAAGUGGGCGGGUAGGCCGUGGUACGGUUGGGCGACGGGUGACACUCUGACGCAGUUUGUGUUUGACGUCGAGCAUGCCAAGAUUGCACCUGUGCCGUACAAGGCGGAUACGCGCGUGCGGGUGCCUGCGUUCUACGACCCGUCCAAGGCUUCGCUUGCCGGUGCGGUGCAGCCGGAAUGGAGCGAGACCGACGGCGUCGCGAGCUGGCGCUUCCAGGCCGACUACUUUAGCAAAGACAUCAAGGCCGCUGAUGCGGUGUGA